CUAAAGCAGCGGUGUCAAACUUGUGGCCCUCCAGCUGUUGCAAAACUACAAGUCCCAUCAUGCCUCUGCCUUUGGGAAUCAUGUUUGCAACUGUCAGCCUUGCAAUGCCUCAUGAGACUCAUGAGAGUUUGGCAACAGCUGGAGGGCCGCCAGUUUGACACCCCCUGCUCUAAAGCAGGGGUGUCAAACUGGCGGGCCUCCAGCUGUUGCCAAACUACAAGUCCCAUGAGGCAUUGCAAGAUUGAUAGUUACAAGCAUGAUUCCCAAAGGCAAAGGAAUGAUGGGACUUGUAGUUGCGCAAGAGCUGGAGGGCCACCAGUUUGACACCCCUGGUAUAG